AUGCCGAAUAGGUUCAAAGCUCCCAGCGUGUCCACUCUGACCGCUGAGAGCUCGCUCGACUCCGGCUCGUUCGUCCUCGGUAUCCCAGGAGCGUACCCUCAGAGCUCCCGCGGGGCCCAGUCUCCUAUGGGAGCGUCGCGACAUGCGCCUCGCUCGCGUACCCUCGACCCGCUCUUUCAUGCGCAACGUGAGCUGGAUUCCAUGCGGAAGCAACACCACACGGUCAUCGCUGGCUAUCAGCGUCAGCUCGAUGACCAGCGAGAGCGCACUCAGCAGCACAAGCAAGCCUACGAGUCCCAAAGCUGGAAUGCCAUGCGGGAUGCUCAAAAUCUGCGCCAUCGGAUACAGAACGCGCGGCGGAGCAUUGACGAGGAGCAGCGGCAGUGCAACGCCCUGCUCGAACUCCUAGAUCGACUCCGCCACCCAUACGCCACUCCCGAGGGCACCAGUCCUGCCCCAGGCCCCGCCCCCGCUCCUACUUCCGCCCCUGAUGCAGCCUCUGCCUUCGCUGACUUUGGUACUGCGCCCGCUUCCGACCCUUUCGCCGCCUACGAGCACCAGUGGGGGAGGAUCUGGAAGCGCAAGGUCCCUCAGUGUUCCUACACCCUGACGACCUUCCCGUGGCCCGUCCGUGACUUUACGGGAAUCGACAGCAUCACGGAGGAGAGCUUGUUGGAAUUCCUUCUGCAUGAGAAGCGUCCCGGAGUCGCAGGCAAGAAUGCUAUUACGAUCUGUCGGGUCGAGUCCAUACGUUACUAUCCGGACAAGUUCAGUGUCUUUGCCCUCAACUGCAUAGUUGUCCAGGAUCGCCCACUCGCGGCCGGUGUGGCGUCAAAGAUUUUCAACUUGAUUACCGAUGUCCUCGCUAGAUAUCGUUGA